AUGAGGAAACAGGGCUGAAUCAUGAAUGGUAUGAACAGAUGGGGAUUUUGACAGAGAACCACCUCUGAUGAUCGAAGUCUGGGCUUGAACUUUGCGACUAAGUCCUGGGUUGUCACUGGGGACAUCACCACCAGAGCGGCCCUGAUUUCGUCUUCUGUGACUGGGGCACCAGACUGUGCCGAAGCAGCUCCACUCUGCGGCAAGGAGCCCGUGGCUGCACUGGGCUUGGAGGUUGAUGCUGGUUCUUCUUUCGUAGAUGGCGGCCUUGAUUCCUGAAUCAGAUGUGCAAUCCAAAAAUAGAAUAAGAUGUAUAUUUAUGGGUAAGAUAAUGGGUUCUGGGAGAAAAUUGGAACAUACAGCUUCUGUCUUCACUUUCUUGACGGUUCCUCCUAUCGGAGUUUUUACUUCGUCGCCACCAAGUUUCCUCUUUGACUUUGACGGCUUAGCGGAGGUAGGAGUCCCCUUGGUGGCUGCUGAAGGUGCAGGUUUAGAAGGAGUUGUUUCAGCAGGUUCUUCUUUGGGAAGGUCCUUCUGUUUUGGAGCUAAUACAGGGGACAAGCCGACCUCAUCCUCCACCUGCAAUCCAGGGCAAAUAUAUUAGCGCUUUUAUAAAAGACUAUAUAUAUAGAUACACACUUAGAGUGAGAGAGCAAGUAAGUGAGAGAGAGGGAGAGAGAGAGAGAAGCGGGUAGAGAGACAAGAAAAAGCUGACUUGUGGCCACCAAUAUGAAGAGAAUUUGUGUCUGGGUUUGAAAAAUUACCACACUCUCUCUCUACCGAUCUGAGAUUGGCAAUAGAAGAGGGGAGGGAGGGAGGGAGGGGGAGACAGAGAGAGCGAGAGAGAGAGAAAGAGAGAGUUGAACGAGUGGAGUUACAUCCUCAUCUUCAUCUUCCUCAUCCUCCGGCUCCGACUCAUUAAGUCCGCCAGUCCGCCCAAGCAACUUCUUCAGCUCCUUCCCAGAUUUACUCAGCCCACCUUCCUCUUCACCCUCAUCAUCUUCGUCCUGAAAACAUUCACAGGAAUCAACGCGGCAAAUAUGAUCAAUCCCUGGAGUUGCCUAGAAUUCUUAGUUUUCUGACAGUUGGCAUACACUUGGGUUUCAUCCAAAGCUCUCAUUUACAUGACAAGUAACUAUUUUGAGAAAGUUUGGACAAGUGGAGCUAACAAUGCAUGACAGCAAUACAUCAUAUCCUUAUAUCAUGCAAGCCACCAAUCAUUGCAACAAAACUUUCUGAAAAACGCAAGUAUUAAUAUUGGAACGAAUUAUAGCACUCGAACCUGCUUGAUUUCGGGGGGAGCAGGAAUUUCGGGAGCCAAUUCUUCUCGUUCCUCAGGAUCAUUGCCAACAGCCUCAUCAUCGUCGGUGA